GCUGCCACGAGUGCGCAUGAGCAGCUCGCCGGCGCGGGCCGGGGGCGCGGUGAGGCGCGUGUGGGCGUGGUGUUCUCCGCUCUGCCCCACCGCCCGCUGUGGGGCUGUUCCGUGCCCUGCCGCCGCAGUGGGUCUGCUGUGCGGCCCGCAGGCGGGGUGGCAUUUCUUGAGCCUCCUAUCGCGACUCAAGUCUCCCGCCUGUGUCGGUUAGCCGCCGUGGGGCCGCGGGGCGGCUGCUGCCCGCCUGCUCGCUAAAACGCAGCGCCCAGCUUUGCGCCUGCAUUGCAGUAGGCGGGCAGCGCCUCAUCCGGAUUGGGAAAUUUGGGAACCGCGGGCACGUUCGUGGAGCCCGUUUCCAAAUUUCCUGUCUCGUCGCAUCCAGAUGUCCUGUAGCAUGGCUGCUGAAGAGGACUUCUUUUUGGAAGAAAAAAGAUUCAGGCAGUACUGUGAAGAAUUUAUUAAACAUUCACAACAAAUAGGGGAUGGCUGGGAGUGGAGAACUACCAAGGACCUUGGUGAUGGUUAUCUCAGUAAAACACAUUUCCAAGUAACAAAUAAAAGCAUCCCACCAGAUAUCAAGAAGAAAAACGAUAACAAUGAACAAACGUUGCUUACACAUGUUGAAGAAUCUUUGGAUGAUUCUCAAGUAGCUGGAGUCUGUGCAACAGAAGAAGUAAUUCGCUAUGAAUAUCAUGUCUUGUAUUCCAGCAGCUACCAAGUACCUGUGCUUUAUUUUAGGGCUUGUUUUUUAGAUGGAAGGCCUUUGACACUGGAUGAAAUAUGGAAAAGUGUUCAUGUGUGCUACCAGGCUCGUCUGCAGGAAGGGCCGUGGGACACUAUUACACAGCAGGAGCACCCCUUACUUGGACAGCCAUUUUUUGUUCUACACCCCUGCCGGACUAAUGAGUUCAUGUGCUCUAUACUGUCCAGUUCACGAAAAGAGAACAGACACAGAAAUUACAUUAUAUUGUGGCUAAGUACUGUAGGCCCAGUUGUGGGUCUAAAUCUACCCUUGAGUUACGCAAAGCUGGGACCCGCGCAGAAUGCAAAUGCUGAAAUGGAUUGAAAUUUUAUUGAAAGACCCCUGAGUUUGAGGACAGGUGAUAUAGCCAUGUAGUAAAGCUACUGCAGACUUUGCUAGAGAAGAAACAAACACAGACCAAAGGAAUUCUGUGUAAUUGGUAAGCAGUACAACACUGAAAGAUGACUGUUCAUGGCUCUCUUUGGCAAGUACUUGCUUAGUUACAGCUGAAGCCUUAAGAGUUGGCCGUAGUUGUGAUGACAACUCCCAAACACCAUGAAUACUUGUACUCCCUUGUGAUGGCACUGACCCUUUGAAGUCACUCAUUUUCUUCCUCUGCUUUACUGUGGUUACGGCCUUAGCAGGGCUUCACACAAAUGCACAAACCUCCGGUUCCUUGAUACAGAGUUGAAAUGCUGUGUUUGAGUCUACUAAAUGUACCUACUUUCACUUUUCUACUGCACGGUGUGUGAUAAUAUGUACAGGAAGGACUUGCAGAAUGUGUUUUAAGCUUGUAGCAAUCAGUGCCUGGGACUACAUUGUCUAGGGACCGCCUUCUCCACCAUAGCCUGAUACACUGACCCUCCUGGUAUUCCACAUCACACACAUAAAAUAUCCGAAUCCCAGAGCUGAAUAAAACUUUCCUCAGAAGAUAUUCUGUAUGUCGUGCUUCAGAAAGAAAACUGGAUCAGGAUUCUGUGAACAGAGAGUACUUAUAGUCUAUAUUGUUACUAAGCAGGUAUGGUUCUAGUGUUCAAGGUGCCUAAUGCUAUCCUGUGAGAACAUCAGGCUUUUACCUGCCUCUGUGCCUCUGAAGGAAGCUUUGCCAUACCCUGAGAGAGUAACUGUUGUAGUCAGUUAGUAUUUAUCAUUGUGCUAGUAGUUGUUCACAUGUUUAGUCCCCAUCCUGCAGACUUUGUGCAAGCAUCCCCUGACAGCUGUUGAAGUUCGAGCAAGUAGGAAUCACAUAGUAGUGUAGUCAGUGAGAAACAGACGAAACUUCUGUACAAGGCAUCUUGGAUUCCUUCCCAAUCACAUUUAUGUGUAAUAUAAAACAGACCACUAGUCCUAAGCAGGAUGGAAUUUCAAAUUUUAUUUUUUAUGUUCAGCAAUAUCUAACGUAUGCCACAUCAGAGCUGGAAAUAUAAGAUACAGCAGUUUUCAAAUUCUGUUUUUUUUUUCUUUAUAUUGUGCUUGGUUGCAUAUUUUAAACUUGCAUCAUAUGUUUUUAGUGGAUUGAAAUAAAGCCUUUGAAAUUUCA